AUGGACCAGAGUUGGGAGAUGCUAAGCUCUGACUCUCUCCUGGAUGCUGAAGGAGAUGCCGAUUCGAGCCUUGGGGAGACAUCAUGGCCCGAAAUCGACGCCCCGGAGACGCAAGCAGCAGAUGUCUUGUGCAAUAAUGGGGCUAUCGACGGGAGUCAAGCCAGUGGACAUGCCAGUAUAGAACCAUGCCUUCCGGAGCAUCCUGCGGCGCUUACUGCUUCGCAGACGGGAGCAACAGUCGACCAAGCGAUUGAUCAGGCCAUGGCUUCGAUCUUGGAGCCGGAGAUGUCCGAACCGAGUCCUACAGAAGCCGCGAUAACCUCCACUUCGGAUCAGGAGCCCGAACCAAGAACGAUCUCGCCCCCCGAAUCCCCUCGAAUUGAAUCUGGGACAGAGCCGGAAGCAGCAAUGGCCGCCCACGAAAAGGAUACCCAGCUCGUGACGCGUGACCUCCGUCGCAGCGUAGAGAGUCCAGCUAUCGAAGAGCAAUGUAGAGCAAACAACGACCCGAUAGCGGAUGAUCAUGUCGCCUCCGCGAGUUCGAGCAUGUGUCAUGCUGAAGCGGGAACUACCUCGGCGGUACCACACACGGCUUCUCACGCCGGACAUGUAAGCAGUGAAGGUAUAACGCAUGGAAACAAGGGCUUGCCCAUGUCAGACUCCGAAGACGAGGAGCUCUUUGAAUCGAUCAUCAUUGAUGACAAUGGAGGCCAACCCAUCAUCAUUGACAGUUCCGAUGGGGAAAUGAAUGUCAAUUCCCGUCCGAACCCCCGGCGCCGAGCGCAGCGAAAACGGAUAUCACCACAGUCGCCAGAGAUGGUCAAUUGGACAUCUAAAGAGUAUGGGACAACAAGCGCAGCAGGUCUUACCACAGCGUGGGAGAAGGUCUGGGAGCAGUGGGGAUGGAUCCAUACGAAAGCUGAUCGGCAGCUCGCCCAAACCUUGGAUCAGUUUCACGGGAUCAUGUCCGAUGUGCGGAGUUACGAGCUUUGGAACGAGGAGUAUCGGAAGCAUGACGGCCGCAGGGCCUUUCGUGCCUGGGGAAGGUAUGGAAUAGAGAAGAGAGUGAGGAAACUGCUCAGGCCGAAAAGAGACGAAAGACUUAUGCGCAAAUUCGGAAGGGCUUUGAAGCGGUUACAAGAAGCGGAAGAAGAGCAUCAUAGUAUUGCGCUUACUAUGGGUGAUGGGGACAGUGAGGAUUGUGAUUACGUGCCGACUCAGACAUGGCUUCCGCAUAGUCACAAGUCACAAGUCUAG